GUACAAUCGCAUUGCGUUCUAUAACUUCUUUUCAUUGAACUGAUCUGGGCGACUCCUCCCAUUCUGUUUUGAACUCAAAUACUUACUUGCGAAAACACAUUAUGGCGGAUUUGCAAUCCACGACCAUGUCUGCGAAACCACGGUCCAGCAGCAUGUCGCAAGCAUCAGAGAGUUCGCAGACCGCAGCAGAAUUCAUCAAGGAACAGCUGAGCCUCGAGGCUGAAGCACGCGAAGCUCUGCCCUAUCAAUUCGAUACUUGCACUCGCGACCUCGGUCCCCUUCGACAGAGCCUCUACGCGUGUCUGACAUGCAAUCCACCUCCCACGCCAUCCGAUCCGUACACCCCAGCAGGUGUCUGCUACUCGUGCUCGAUCUCCUGCCAUGGUGAACACACCCUUGUCGAGCUCUUCAGCAAGCGCGAUUUUAUCUGCGACUGCGGUACGACUCGAAUACCGGAGACGGCACCUUGCACGCUCCGUCUUAACCCGACGACUGGGCAGAAGGGAGACGUCAGUGGGGAAGAGCCGGCGAAGACCAACAAUUACAACCAAAACUUCAAGAACAAAUUCUGUGGCUGCGGAGAAGACUACGAUGCGGACCAAGAGAGAGGGACCAUGUUUCAGUGCCUUGGGUUGGGGACAUGCGAAGAUGGCGGCUGUGGUGAAGAUUGGUGGCAUCCUGAGUGUCUUGUUGGCUUCACCCGAGAAGAAUAUGGGAAGAUGAUCGAAAAGUCAAAAACAGAAGAGACGAAUAACGCAACUGAGAAGAUGGUUGUUCCUGAGAAGGAAAACAACAAGCCCACGGUAGAGCAGCAGACGAAUACAUCUACGGAGGCGACGGAGCCACCUGCCACGACAAGUAUCACUGCUGCGGUAGCAACCGACAGCGGCAUAGAUGGCAAUGAUAUUGCAGCUAGAGCUGGAGAAGAUGACGAUGAAGACGAAGACGCUCCAUUGCCCCCAGGUUUCCCUCCUGAAGAUGACUUCGACCACUUCCUCUGCUUCAAGUGUAUUCAGGCAAACCCUUGGAUCCAGAAGUACGCUGGCUCUCCCGGGUUCUUACCACCUGUUUACUUUGAGAAAGACAUCAACAUUGCUCAAGCCACAGAAACAGCCGCUCCACCUUCUGGUUCUACAGAAGGUGAAUCCAAGAAACGCAAAGCCUCCGACGAUGACCAAGAAGAACCCAACACAGCAACCCUGUUGAUGCCGGCUCCAGCUAAGCGCCAGAAGUCCGAGGAUCCCAGCAACGCCCUAUCUAGCAUCCCCGAGGACACAAUAACCCUGCCCAUAACACCAAAGAGGAAAGAAGAGCCUGCAACAUGCAAACUAAAUGCCCUACCACCUCUUCCAACUCUCGCCCUCACAACACCCAUGUCGCUCUUCCUCAAACCCGACUUUCGCGACCACCUCUGCCGCUGCGCAUCUUGCUUCCCCCUCCUGAAGCCACACGCCCAGCUUCUCGAAGAAGAAGACACCUACGAGCCGCCCGUUUCCGAGGGCGACGGCGACGGCGCCCAAUCAGCGGGCACAGGCUCGAUUCUGGACCGCGGCGAAGCGGCUUUCAACAACAUGGACCGGGUCAAGGCCAUCCAGGGUGCCAUGGCAUAUGCUCACCUGAAGGACAAAGUAGCAGCGUUCUUGAAACCGUUUGCCGAGUCGGGACAGGCUGUAGGCGCCGAGGACGUCAAGGCUUACUUUGAGAAGCUGAGGGGCGACGAGCAGGGCAUCCAGGAUGCUGCUGUCGGCGCGAAGACGAGUACAGAUGACGAGGAUGGGGGCGCUGGGUCGAAUGAGAGGAGGGAACAGAGUGGGUAUUGAGGACGGAGCGUCUUGAGAGUGCCUGUUCAUACAUGACUUGGAUAGAGUAUGUAGAAAUGGCAAUGACCGAACGAGCCCGAAGUGAGUGGCACGUGUCGGAUAGCAUGAACGUGCAAUGAUUGAAGGUACAUGUUUCCACUUGGCCAUGUUCUAUAGAUAUCUCAUCACAAUCUAGGG